AUGCAAACAAUAACAGAAAACGGGAUGUACGGCAAGUUGCAAGAACACUUACAGGAAGAAAUCAAAAACAUAAAAGCAGAAGGUCUUUACAAAACCGAGCGCAUCAUUGAAGGCGAACAGGGCGCUGAAAUUGAUGUGAACGGCAAAAAGGUACUCAACUUUUGUUCAAACAAUUACCUGGGGCUUUCCUCGCACCCCGAAGUGGUACAGGCGGCCAAAGAAGCGCUUGACACCCACGGUUUUGGCAUGUCGUCUGUGCGAUUUAUUUGCGGCACCCAAGACAUUCACAAAACCCUGGAGCAGAAAAUCGCACAAUUUUGCGGCACGGAAGACACCAUACUUUAUGCUGCCGCCUUUGAUGCCAACGGUGGCAUUUUUGAGCCGCUGCUCACCAAAGAAGACGCCAUCAUUUCCGAUUCACUCAACCACGCCUCCAUUAUUGAUGGCGUGCGCCUUUGCAAAGCGCAACGUUUUCGCUAUGAAAACAACAAUAUGGCCGACCUGGAGGCCAAGCUCAAAGAAGCACAAAGCAGCUCGCGCUUUCGCGUGAUUGUAACCGAUGGCGUAUUUUCUAUGGACGGCUACGUUGCACAAUUGGAUAAAAUAUGCGAUUUGGCCGAUAAAUACGAUGCCCUGGUAAUGGUUGACGAUUGCCACGCCCAUGGCUUUAUCGGAAAAACCGGAAGAGGCACUCCCGAAUUGAAAAACGUUUUGGGCCGGGUUGAUAUAAUUACCGGCACCCUGGGCAAGGCCCUGGGUGGCGCAAUGGGCGGAUUUACCACCGGCCGUAAAGAAAUUAUAGAAAUGCUGCGCCAGCGCUCUCGCCCUUACCUGUUUUCCAACUCCUUAGCCCCCAGCAUUGUGGGAGCGUCCAUUAAAGUCUUUGAACUAUUGAGCAACACCACCGAAUUGCGCGAUAAGUUGAUGGACAACGUAGCGUACUUUAAGAAGAAUAUUAACAGUGCCGGCUUUGACAUCAAGGAUGGCGAUUCGGCAAUUGUACCCAUUAUGGUGUACGAUGCCGCUCUUUCACAAAAAUUUGCCGACCGAUUGCUGGAGGAAGGCAUUUACGUAAUUGGCUUCUUUUACCCGGUAGUGCCCAAAGAACAGGCGCGCAUUCGCGUGCAACUCAGCGCUGCUCACAGCCGCGAACAAUUAGACAAGGCCAUUGCCGCCUUUAAAAAAGUAGGCCAGGUUAUAGACAGGCAUCGCCAGCAGGAUAAUUUCAAAAAGGCCGGCAUAGGCCUGAUGGCAGAGCUAAACCAACUGCUCUACCUCAGCAUGAAAGAUUUUGAAUGCCAUUUUGCACUUUAUCCUCCGGGCACUUUUUAUGAAAAACACCUGGAUCAGUUUCAUGGGUCGCGCCAGCGAAAAUUGAGCUUUGCCCUAUACCUGAACCCCGAUUGGGUGCCCAAGCAUGGCGGAUCGCUGAGACUUCAUCUGCCGGAAGGCAUAACCGACCUGGCCCCACUGGCCGGCAACCUGGCUAUUUUUAGAAGCGAUACCGUGAUGCACGAGGUACUUUCCACCGCGGUGAACCGAUACAGCAUUACCGGCUGGAUGCGCGACCAAAUGUUUCGCGCGGUGCCUUUUGAAACGGCCGAUACCAAGUACCUGGUAAAGGUUAGCGUGCAAAUGGACGCCAAAAUUGACGCUUUCCUGGACGAUGAUGACGACAGCAACGAAGCGGUUGACGAAACCCUUCAUGCCGCAAAUGCCGAUGAUAUUGAGGCCGAAGAUGAAGACCUGGACUAA